CCUCCCGGCGUCGCAGCUCCGAGGGACCGGGGCUCGGAGGACCGGGGAUGUGUCUCCUGCUGGGGGCUGCGGGAGUCGGGAAGACCCUGCUGGUGAAACGCCUGCAGAAGCUGAGCUCGGGAGAUGGCAAGGGCGACCUGGGGGACCCUCCGCCGACGCGGCCCACGGUUGGCACCAACCUCACUGACAUCGUGGCCCACAGGAAAAUCACCAUCCGAGAGCUCGGGGGUUGCAUGAGCCCCAUCUGGUCCAGUUACUAUGGAAACUGCCAUUCGCUCCUGUUCGUGAUGGAUGCCUCUAACCCCACCCAACUCUCUGCAUCCUGCGUGCAGCUCUUGGGUCUCCUUUCUGCAGAAGAACUUGCAAAAGCCUCGGUCCUGAUACUCUUCAAUAAAAUCGACCUUCCCUGUUACAUGACCGUGGAGGAGAUGAAGUCAAUAAUCAGGCUUCCAGACAUCAUUACUUGUGCCAAGCAGAACAUCACCGCGGCAGAAAUAAGUGCCAGGGACGGCACUGGCUUGGCAGCAGUACUGCUCUGGCUCCAGGAGCAGCACAGAUGAGCAGUUGACGGCAGGACGGAGCAUUCUGGCUGACCCGGUGCCUGGGGACAAAGACUGACGUGACUGCCUCUGAAGAUGUGUUCUGGUGAAGCAGAUGCACCCAGUGUGUCCCUGAGUGACAGCGAUCUUUGUGAGCCUGUGUACAGAGGCUGCUGUCAUCUGGCCUCUGAAGAUGUGUUCUGGUGAAGCAGACGCACCCAGUGUGUCCCUGAGUGACAGAUCUCUGCAAGCCUGUGUACAGACGCUGCCGUCAUCUGGAGUAUGUCAUCUCUGGAGAAUGUCCCCAAGAUUGGGAGAGGAAAGAACUGCAGGUGGCUGGAUGUCUUCCUGCUAUCCAGAUGAAAGUGCUGCUGGGACUGCACCAGGAACUCUGGGCCUGUGCCUGAGGGCUUUGGACUCUACUGCUCCACUGAGCCCAGAUAUUUUUGCUAGUACAAGCUCUGCCCUUCUGAGUUUCUGAUAUCUUAACCAUGUUCCCCAGAAAAAAAUUUAUAUAAAGUUAAUGAGUGAGUAUAAGACCUGUCUCAAGAGGGCUGGAGAGGUGGCUCAGCAGUUAAAAGCACUAGCUGCUCUUCCAGAGGACCGGAGUUCAAUUCCCAGCACCCACAUGACAGCUCACACUGUCCGUACCUCCUGUUGAGGGGAUCUGACACUCUCACACAGACAUACAUGCAGGCAAAACACCAUGAAAAAAAAGUCUCAAUGAGAAACAAAAACCAGGCAGGAUGUGGUGGUACAGGGCCAUGUCUUGAGCUACUCAAGAGACCAGAGUAGAAGGAUCAUUUUGAGCCCAGGGAUUGAAGAACCCAGGCAACACUGGGGUCGGGAGAGCCUCUCUCAAAACGAUAGGGGUGAGGGACCAGGUGUGGUAGAGCGUUUCUUGGGAGACAGAGGCAGGAGGAUUUCUGAGUUCUGUGCUAGUCUGGUCUACACAAACACUAUAAAACAAAAAGAUGAAGCCAGCGAUGGUGGCACAUGUCUUAAAUCCCAGCAAUCAGGAGGCAG